UCUACGUGUAUUCCGUCACCAAAGAAAUCUUAUAUUUCCGCUCCAAAAAAAAUCCUCUGGAUCGGAAACAUUUUCAGUUUCAAUUACCUCUUCAAGAAAAACGGGAGGCUCGCCAUCAUUCAAGAAAGUUACGCCAAAAUGCGCCAAGCAGGCGUGCCCGUCGCCGGAAAAACCGUGAUGGGUGCGACGAACUACUACGUCACGGAUUUGACCGUGUUGAAACACAUUUUCGUCAAGGAUUUCGACCAUUUUGUGAACCGUCGCUUCCAAAUGCCGAGCAAUGACGUGCUUGUCAACAAAAUGCUGAUUUUCCUCCAUGACGAACAGUGGAAAGGGUUGAGGUCAAAGUUAUCGCCGACCUUUACGACAGGCAAGAUUAAACGGCUCUUCCCCCUCUUUAACGACAGUGCAAAAAAGUUGGUCGCCUACGUCGACGAGCGGAUGGCGGAGUCGCCCCAUGGCGAAAUCGACUUGGGCGACGGAUACUCCAAAUUCACCAUGGACACGAUCGCCUCGGCCGUUUGUGGGAUGAAUUCGCACGCUUUUGACCAGCUGGACCCCUCACUUUUUGAACUGAUGGGGAAAAAAUUACAAAUUCAGUUUACCGUGAAGAACUUUUUCAAGUUUUUGAUAGUGUUUGGACUUCCCAAAGUUUCCGAGUGGUUUGGGAUUACAAUGUUUGAGGAAAAUAUGCACAAGUUUUUUAACGAUGGGAUUAAAUCUGUGAUUAAAGAGAGGAUUUCGGAGGGGCGGAAGGGGAACGAUUUUAUCCAGUUGAUGAUGGAGGCGAGGGAGAAUAAGUUGGUGAAAGAGGAGGAAAGUGAGUUGGAGAGGUUUGAGAGGGAUGCAAUUAUCAAGGGGGAGGUCAAAGGUCAAGGGAUCGACGAAGCGUUGGAUGAUGAUGGGAUCGUGUCGAAUUGUGUGCUUUUUAUCUUGGCUGGAUUUGAUACGACGCAGUCACUGUUGCUCUUUUGUGUUUAUGCGUUGGCGAUUUAUCCAGAGAUUCAGGAUAAGUUGAGGAAAGAAGUGGAAACCGUUUUGGAGGAAGGUGAUGGGGAUUUUACGUAUGAUUCGGUGCAUAAAAUGGGAUAUCUGGAUAUGGUGAUACAUGAAACUUUGAGAUUUUACCCACCACAACCGGUCACUGAUAGAGCUUGCAAUCAAGACUAUUUGCUCCCCGGUACCGGUGUCACGAUCUCCAAGAAAGAAGCCAUACUUGUCCCCAUAAUUGGAAUCCAUCACGACGAACGGUACUAUCCCGAACCCGAAAAGUUCGAUCCGGAACGAUUUUCACCCGAAAAUAAGGGAAAACUUAACCAGUUCGCUUUCCUCCCGUUUGGACAAGGGCCUCGGAAUUGCAUUGGGAUGAGAUUUGCCUUGACCGAAGUGAAGCUAGUGAUUGCCCAACUCGUUCACAAUUUUGAAAUUGAACCCUCCAAAAGGACGCUAAUUCCGAUGGAGUAUCAAAACGGAGCAUCUCUCAAACCAAAGGGGGGCAUGUGGUUGGCCCUCAAACGAAGACCUGGCACAAUUGCGACCUGAAUAUGCAGACACUUUCCAUGCAUUUAGUCAAAUUUUACCUGAUUUAAUUUUGAAUGCAAUUAAUAAAUAUACAAAUACAGACUUAAUUUAGUAUACGAAAAAUAAGUAUGUAAGUUUCGAUUUUUACGUUAUAGUUUCUUAAAUUUCCUACUUACUUGUCUAAAAGUCUCGUGAAUAAAAAUAAUUAUUUUAUUGAA